UUAACAUGUUUUACUGCUAAUGAGUCUGACAGAAGAGAGAGGGGGAGAGCAUGCCAGGCGCUGAGAGGAAGGAAGCAGGCGAGUUAAAGAGGAGGAGGGGCAGAGUGGUGGAUUCAGUCAGUCCUUCGUUCAGUCGCAGCUCAGAUGGAGGUUUUUCCUCCUGCUGAGGACACUCUGAUGGCAUGACAACGGCUUCCUGAGUGAGAAAGAGAGAGAGAGAGAUAUCCUGCCCUCAGUUUCCACGGUGACGGCAUCCCUCCAUCCUCCUCCAUCAUCUCUCCGCCCGGCUGCUGUCGACAUCGUCGGGAUGGGAGAUAAAGGAACAAGAGUGUUUAAGAAAGCCAGCCCCAAUGGAAAGCUCACCGUCUACCUGGGGAAGAGAGACUUCGUGGACCACGUGGAUCGGGUGGAGCCUGUCGACGGCGUCGUUCUGAUCGACCCGGAGUACCUGAAGGAGAGGAAAGUGUUUGUGACUCUGACGUGUGCGUUCCGUUAUGGUCGCGAGGAUUUGGACGUCCUCGGAUUGACGUUCCGGAAGGACCUGUUUGUGGCGAACAUCCAGGCGUUUCCUCCGGUCACCGAAGAGAAGAAGACUCUGACUCGUCUUCAGGAACGUCUGAUUAAAAAACUGGGAGAACACGCCUACCCGUUCACCUUCGAGAUUCCUCUGAACCUGCCGUGUUCGGUCACCCUGCAGCCGGGACCGGAGGACACCGGAAAGGCCUGCGGAGUCGACUUUGAGGUGAAAGCUUUCUGUGCCGAAAAUGUUGAAGAAAAGAUCCACAAAAGGAACUCUGUGCGUCUGGUGAUCAGGAAGGUGCAGUACGCUCCAGAGAAACCUGGCCCUCAGCCGACGGCAGAAACCACCAGACAGUUCCUGAUGUCGGAUAAACCGCUGCACCUGGAGGCCUCGCUGGACAAGGAGAUCUAUUACCACGGUGAGCCAAUCAGCGUCAACGUUCACGUCACCAACAACACCAACAAGACCGUGAAGAAGAUGAAGAUCUCAGUGCGACAGUACGCCGACAUCUGCCUGUUCAACACGGCUCAGUACAAAUGUCCCGUGGCCACCGAGGAGUCAGAUGACGUUGUGGCUCCCAGUUCGACUUUCUGCAAAGUUUUCACCCUCACUCCGUUUCUGGCCAACAAUCGCGAGAAACGAGGUCUCGCUCUGGACGGAAAACUGAAGCACGAGGACACCAACCUGGCGUCCAGCACGCUGUUGAGAGAUGGAGCCAAUAAGGAGAUUCUCGGCAUCAUCGUGUCCUACAAAGUCAAAGUGAAGCUGGUUGUGUCUCGUGGCGGGCUCCUUGGAGAUCUGGCAGCGAGUGACGUCUCGGUCGAGCUGCCCUUCACGUUAAUGCACCCGAAGCCUUUAGAGGAGUCCUUCUACAGGGAAGCUGCAGACGAGGCUCCAGUCGACGCGAACCUCAUCGAGUUUGACACAAACGACGAUGACAUCAUCUUCGAAGACUUUGCCCGCCAGCGGCUGAUCGGAGCAAAAGACGACAAGGAUGAAGACGAGGAGCCGGUGGACUCGCCCAAACUGGACGACAGAUAGAGGGGAGGAGACACUGCGGCUGUUGUUUUGCUGCUGUAUGUAGUGUGGAGCUAAUGGAGUUCACCUUUAGGUCAAACCACAGUCUGGACACCCUUUAAACACUCGGUGGUGCCGUGUUUGUGUGCUCGUUCAUGUCUGUCCUCUCUGAGUCCCGGUGAGGUGUUUAAAAAAAAAACUAGAAUACUGCAGCCUAGACAUCGGAGCGGCUCUUUGCUCCGACGGAGUCGCCUGGAGCGCCGACCCGGCAGCUCCUAACGACAGCUGGUAGCAUGCCUCUAAUGUCUCUUUGUUCUAAGUGUUUCCAUUAGGGACCAAACAGAUGUAAAGUUGUGUUGAGAUUAGUUUAAAGUCUUUAGAAACAACACUGCCAGCCUCGGUUGAUCUUGAACCCUCUGCCACUGGAGACAAACUUCAGCCGAUGGAGGAUUUUGCUGAGUAACCAUCUGUAGUCGGUGUUGCUGAAGCUGCAGAGCAGAUGGGAAACGGCACCGAAGUGAUCUGCUGGGCCGCCCGACAAGAGGACCUCAAACUGUCAGAGUGAGCCACCGACCAUUUAACAGCAACCGGUGGCCUAGUUUGCAUGAAUAAAUACUUCCUAUGAUUUAUUAAUGUCAUGAAUAAUCAAACUGAUUUUAAAUAGCAUACGGUUUCAUGUGUUCAUGCUGAUAAUUUUCCGAAUCAUCAUCAGAACGAUUUUCUUCCUUGCAGGUAGUCGCUGGUCGUCCAUUCGCUUCGUUUCUGUUAAAAUCAGCACGGCUUCAUGUUGCCUUAAAGUAAACGCUGCGCUUUAAUAUGAUACAUGUGUCAGACAAAUAUAAUUGGAAUCCUUUACGUGUUUGUUACCUUUACCUCUGUUUAACUGAAACAAUCAGACAUCUGGCAGAAAUUUAAAGAGCAACUGUUCGAACUGUGGCCUGAUCGUUGUGAAUGCUUUUAAGACUGGAGAGAUAUAUAUUUUGUUUCCUCAAACAACAUUCUGAUAAUUAUGAGUCACUUUAGUGUGACAGGCUAAUUCUGAAGCUAAUAAUGUUAAAUUUCUACUGAAAUAUCCGAAACAUUUCGUCACCCAGUAAAUCUUCACUUACCUUAAAUGUAAUAAAGUUUAAAACUGAAAAUAAACCGAAAGAUCUUUUAUUGAAACUGAACUGAAACUCAGAGACAGCAAGCAAAAUGGAAAAUAUUAUUUUAUUCACUAAAUAAAAUCUGAUAGAACAGUGUUGCGGUCAGAGGUCAUCACACAGGCCUCCUAGCAAACACUCACUGCUGGUGACUGGGUGGCGAGUGGUUGUGGCAGUUGCUCGGUGAAAUAUGGUGCUGCAACAAAAGCCUCCUGUGGUUGUUCUGGCCUGUGGCAGACUGCCUCAGUUGCCUGAAGUUUGCAUGGAAGAUGCAACUUUUACUGGUCUGCAGAUGACUCAACGUCUUAUAUGCAAACUACAGGUGAUGGAGGCAGUCACAGAGAGGUUUGUGGCGUAGCGGCCUUCUUUUACAUUAACCACUCACAGCUGGCUGGUGAACAAUGACCAGAGGUUGCCAGUGGGUCGUUCUCCGGUCUCUCGGCCUGUGGGACUGGCUCCUUAGACCGCUGAAGAUUAGCGCUCUAAUGGGCAAUCCCUACGUGCCGGCUGAUUUUACAGAAACAAAGUAAAACUAGUGGCUGUGCUGAAGAAAGAGAAUCUACAUGGAAAUUCAUCAAUGAUUUGUAAGAGAAUUGGCAGGGAUGUCAUCCAUCCAUAUGUCGUAUCAGGUGACUUGAGCAGGUAAAGAAAUUGUGCAAACCUUUAUUUUGAAAAGAUUCAAAGUUAAAGAGUCUCAAACAUCCUGUAUGAGGGGUAAGAUGUGUUUCUGCUUACUUUAAAGUCAGACUGAAACCAGUUUUUGCAUUGUAACGUACAGUUUAAGAAAAAACAGAAAACAUCAGCUGUGUCUGACUGUUCAUUUUGGCGGGGCGUGAGGAAAACUUGUAUAUUUCACUGGAUCUUAAAUAAAAGGACGUUUGUGUCCCCA